GCCCCUGGACACCAGCCUCAGGCCUGACCUGGCAAUGGCACUGUGCCUAAAGCAGGUGUUCGCCAAGGACAAGACGUUCCGGCCACGGAAGCGAUUUGAGCCGGGCACUCAGCGCUUUGAGUUGUACAAGAAAGCACAGGCCUCUCUGAAGUCUGGCCUGGACCUGCGCAGCGUGGUGAGGCUGCCACCCGGCGAGAACAUCGAUGACUGGAUUGCGGUACACGUGGUGGACUUCUUCAACCGCAUCAACCUCAUCUACGGUACCAUGGCUGAGCGCUGCAGCGAGACCAGCUGCCCGGUCAUGGCCGGCGGGCCCCGCUACGAGUACCGCUGGCAGGACGAGCGCCAGUACCGGCGGCCAGCCAAGCUCUCCGCCCCGCGCUAUAUGGCGUUGCUCAUGGACUGGAUCGAGAGCCUUAUCAAUGACGAGGAAGUCUUUCCCACGCGUGUUGGAGUUCCCUUCCCCAAGAACUUCCAGCAAGUCUGUACCAAGAUCCUGACCCGCCUCUUCCGAGUCUUUGUCCAUGUCUACAUCCACCACUUUGACAGCAUCCUCAGCAUGGGGGCAGAGGCACAUGUCAACACCUGCUACAAGCACUUCUACUACUUCAUCCGGGAGUUCAGUCUGGUGGACCAGAGGGAGCUGGAGCCACUGAGGGAGAUGACAGAGCGGAUCUGUCACUGAGCCCAGGCCUGGACUUUGUUGCCAGUCAGAUGGACCAUCUGAACACAGGAUGGCUGGGGAGGGAGGCCUUAGGUGUCUGGUGGUAGAAGACUCUGAAGGCCCAGGGAACCCUCCACAUACCCAAAGCCUCUGGACUUCUGGUUCUCAGGAGUCUGCCUAUAUGUCCCCCUGACUGCUUGUGAAGGGAGAAAGGGAAGGCUUCCAGUGGGCAAACAGAAGGAAAAGGGAGUUAAACCUCUGGCAUGAAGUGUGGAAGUGGUAUAGGAUAGAGGAUUUCUUCUGUGAUGCCUGACUUUUCUAUGGUGGUUCCCAGGCUUAUUUGAAGAAUGUGGAUGUGGCUGAGGUGAUGGCAAGGAGGGUAUAAGUGAGUGACCAGCCUGUAUGUGAAUGAGCACAGAUGCCAGGGUGUGUGUGUGUGAGAUUUUGACUGUGGGGUAUAUCUGUGGAGCAAGCUGCCUUAGACCCUCCAUGGCACAUAGUAAGCCCUGCAUAAACAUUGGGCAGAUAGAUGGACAAAUGGGGAGAUAAAGAGAUCGGGGUCAUCAGAGCUUGACCAUUGUAAGAGGGAUGACAGGUCAAUGUCCCCAUUCAGUGUACAUGACCAUGUGUAUAAGUACACAAAUUGUGAUUGUACUUGCAGCUCUACAUUUGAACCUUCCAGGCUACCGUGUUCCAUCAGCAUGAGUCUUGGGGAGCUGUGGGGAGGUGGGUGGGGGAAAUCUUUUCCUGACUUCCUGCAGACACAGGUUCUGAUUUGCUCAGCCAGAGAUGCCCAAGAACUGUCAUUUCAUUCAUCCCUUUGUCUCUAGGAGGGCCUGAUUAUAGACAGCCUCCUGGGGCUUGGGAAUGAUCCCUCAUGUCCACAAAGGUCCCCUGACCCUUAAACUUGGAAUCAUACUCAGUCUAGCACUCAGAAUCUACAGACAUGGUUCCUCCAAUCUGAAGCCCAGAACAAAAUAAUCCUUCAGCUCAAGGAGCUAGUAGAACUUGACUGGGAACUUGAAUCUUGUCUCCCAUCUCAGACAUUGAGGAUCAUGUAGCUGGUGAAUGGAAUCUUCCAGGCUUGGAGAGCCCUUACUUAAAAGUACCUACCUUGGCCAGGUACGGUGGCUCACACCUAUAAUCCUAGCACUCUGGGAGACUAAGGAAGGUGGAUUCAGGAGUUCAAAACCAGACUGAGCAAGAGCAAGACCUCAUCUCUACUAAAAAGUAGAAAAAUUAGCCAGGUGUUCUGGUGGGUACCUGUACUCCCAGCUACUUGGGAAGCUGAGGCAAGAGAAUCACUUGAGUCCAAGAGUUUAAGGUUGCUGUGAGCUAGGCUGAUGCAACAGAGUGACACUGGGCAACAGAGUGACACUUUGUCUCAAAAAAAAAAAAGUACCUUCCUCCUUUCCUCCCAUCCCCAGAUGGUUGGAUCUCAGAACACAGCUAUCUCCAAAGAGACUGGAUGUUCAUUCAGCACUCCAUUACUCAGUAACUCCAUGCCUGACCCUCUGCCCAGACCCACAUACGGUGAAACUGAGGCAGAAGCUGGGUUCUGCCUUCCGAGAGCUUCCACUCAGGGAGUCCUGGAUGGAGAGCCAAGAGUGAGAUCAUCCCAUCUCACUCUCUUAAUGUACACAGGAGGAAACUGAAGCUAGAAGAGGAGGGCAACCCUGUCCAAGCCUUCACAGUGAGGCUUUAGUGAAGCUGGAGUAGAAACCAGAGAUCCUGACUUCCACCUGGGGUCUGUCGAUUGCUACACAGAGAUGCACAUGGAAAGAGGGUUUGACAGGAUACUCCAGGACACAGCUGUUCCUGCUUUAAGCAAGGAUUUCUAGCCUGAUGCCAGAAUGCCCCAUUACUCCUUAGGUUGGCUGGGGUUGUCUCCUGAGCUAAGCUUCCAAAGUUGGACCCAGCUUGAUGGCUCAGAAGCUGCCUGCCCUCUGGGGAAACAGAAGGGGCUUUGGACCCAGCCAGGUGGGCCUGGGACUUCUACAUCUGCUGUCUCCAGAAUUGGACUGGGAGCUUUGCCAGAGGCUCUGGAGUGAGGAGAGGUGGAGAUUCCACCGAGCUAGACUGUGGCAAGGACUGAUUGGGGGGGAGGGGGAAAAUUAUUUUUAUGAAACAGAGGGAAGACUUUAUUGUUAUUUUUUUGUAAAAUAAAAGAGGCGAACGAAAGCAGCCAUUGCAGGGAAACUGUGUCUGGGUGCCACAUGGAUCCUGGCAGACUGUGGCAGGGGCUAGGUCAGAAUGGGGAUGGGUGGGCCUUUUGUCCUGAGAUCCUGGACUAUGUAGAGGGCUGGUUGAUAUGGUAAUGUUUGGCUCAGCUCUCUGCAGUGGGGACUCUAAGGGCUCUGGGAAGACCAGGCAAGGUGGGACCCUUAGGGUGGAAAGGGCCUUCCAGGAAUUCAAUCUGAUGGGAAACUUUGCUUGUUUUAGCUCAGAUCACCUGACACUGGCUAUUCUCAUUCCACUCCUUUAAUCUUGGUGGUUUUUUGAGCUAUGGUGGCAAUACAGUCCUAACCCUAAUUAUAGGAGAGGAAGCUAUUCUCAAAGAGGAAUAUACUGGCCUGGCUCAGUGGCUCAUGCCUAUAAUCCCAGCACUUUGGGAGGCCAAAGUGGGAGGAUUGCUUGAGUCCAGAAGUUCAAGAUCAUCCUGGGCAACACAGCAAAUCCCUAUCUCUACAAGAAAGUUCCC